GAAGCCCGGACAUGGGAUUUACAAAUCUGUGUCUCUCUGACUUCUGCACCGGACAAGCAUGGAGGAACAUCAAAUCCCAAAUUUUAAAAACUCAGGUGUCACAGUAAUAGCGUCCCUGGCCAAGGCUCGCUGAAUAAAGAUGCACAUGGAUUUGGAGAGACAAAGCAGCACUCAAAUCAGAUGACUCAAAAGAGGAGAGGUCCGCCUUCUAAUCUCAGAACCACAGUUUGGACAGUCUGGAUAAUGUGAGUCAUCAGGUUAGAAAAGCCAGCCAAAGACAAUUUUAAGACAUGGAGGUGCUUCUAUCCUGUGUCUGGAAUCUAUUGGUACUGAUGAACCUUGAUGUCAACAUGGGGUCAAACAAACCGUAACCAUUGUGUUCCCAUGCACCUGACUUCUGUCAGCAUGCAAACACAGCAUAGAUGAUUUACCUUUUAAAGAGACACAACUGGGAACUAACAGGGUCUAAUGAUGUAGCAGGUACAGGUGACUUACAUGUGGCCUAUGAUUCAAGACAGUCCAACCACAGUCAGUAUGGAAGUGCAGACAACCUCUCUGGUCUGGAUAUAUGUAAACAGUACAGAACAACUGAACACUUCAUAUGAGUACAACGCAACAUAUUUGACUGAAGAAUCAGACAAAUACCAAUCUUACAUUAUUGGUCUCUUCCUGUCCUGCCUGUACACCAUUCUCCUCUUUCCUAUUGGAUUUAUUGGUAACAUCUUAAUCCUGGUGGUGAACCUGAACCACAGAGAGAAGAUGACCAUCCCAGACCUUUACUUUGUUAACCUGGCUGUAGCUGACCUCAUCCUGGUGGCAGAUUCCCUCAUUGAGGUUUUCAAUUUGAAUGAGAAGUAUUAUGACUACGCUGUCCUCUGCACCUUCAUGUCCCUUUUUCUGCAGGUCAACAUGUACAGCAGCAUCUUCUUCCUCACAUGGAUGAGCUUCGACCGAUACAUUGCCUUGGCUAGCUCCAUGAGCAGCAGCCCACUGAGGACUAUGCAGCACGCCAAGCUCAGCUGUGGCCUCAUUUGGAUGGCCUCUAUCCUGGCCACCCUUCUCCCUUUCACCAUUGUGCAAACUCAGCACAGGGGUGAGGUGCACUUCUGCUUUGCCAAUGUCUUUGAGAUUCAGUGGCUGGAGGUAACCAUUGGCUUUUUGGUGCCCUUCUCCAUCAUUGGUCUAUGCUACUCUCUGAUUGGGCGAAUCCUCAUGAGGGCACAGAAGCACCGUGGAUUGUGGCCACGGCGGCAGAAGGCCUUGCGCAUGAUCGUGGUAGUGGUUCUGGUGUUCUUCAUUUGCUGGCUGCCAGAGAACGUCUUCAUCAGCAUCCAGCUGCUGCAGGGCACAGCUGACCCGUCACAGAGGACUGCUACCACCCUGUGGCAUGACUACCCACUCACAGGCCACAUUGUUAACCUGGCAGCUUUCUCCAACAGCUGCCUCAAUCCCAUUAUCUACAGCUUUCUAGGAGAAACCUUCAGGGACAAGCUGCGUCUCUUCAUUAAGCAGAAGGCCAGCUGGUCAGUAGUGAACCGCUUCUGCCACCAUGGCCUCGAUUUACACCUCCCUGUCAGGAGCGAAGUGUCAGAGGUGUGACUGCUAAGAAGAUAGACAAAUGUAAAAAAAAUAUGCUUUAAAAAAAAUCUUAAUAUCAAAGUGAUAUGUCACCCAGUGUGAAAUAUUACCUCAGCUUUCUUCAUCUGAUAUUUAGCUUUGCCACAUAGUUGUACCAGUGUCUCAGUUAACCUGCUCACUUUCUGAACAAAAACACAAAAGCACCAAGAAUGUACACUCAAACAAGGAUAGAAAUGACUCGAUGUGUGCAUCUAAAAAACAGUACUUAAGCUAUUUUCAUGUUAAUCUGCACAUUGGAUUGUUUUCUUUAAGUGUAUGGAGUGUGUUAUUUCUUCAAAAAGUUUGCUGGAUGGAAAGACAGGCAACAGUAAAUGUGAGUGAGAGGCUAAAUGUCCGCAUCUACCUUUGAAGUACAGCCAGUGGGAAAUAUAAUCGAUAAAUGAGUGUCAAAAGAGGCCAGCUUUUUAGUAAGACGGACAAUGAUGAAACAUUGUGUGAACAUUGUUCUGGGUAUGUGGGAUAACCUUUAGAAAUAGGAAAGGUGUGCAUCACAGCUAAAGCAGCAUACAUAGAGGAAAUACUGCAUCACAUCAAAUCUAAUCAGGCUAUCUGUUUCAGUCAUUUCAGUUUUCACCUGUAUAAUGUAAAAAGAAAACAUGUGUUUAUCUUGAAACUACCACAUAUCCAACGUCCACCUCAACACCACCAUGACAAGCCAUGACAAAAUGACUGCUAUCAUUUAUCAAUAGCUGUGACUGGCUUCUCACUGUCCACUUCUAAGAUAUUACUGUACCCCUUGCUUUGAGCGUUUCAGCUAACAAAUGGCCAUAUCUAAACAUUCAUUGGACAAUACAAACAAAUGUUGACAAAAUUUGUUUUAUUUUUUAGAAAUAAAGACAAUUUUCAUGAAUAUAAAGUGGAAGUUGUUGAUAAAUUCUAAUGACAAGAAAUGUGUUUCUUUGAUUUAAAAAAGAACAAACAUUUAAAAUAAAACCUAGCUAUUUAUAUGUCUUCAAGUAUAACAUGAAAUAAAUAACGGGUAAUGUAGCUACACCCUUUAUUUCUUACUUGUUAUACUGGAUGUUGUGUUCACUGUCACUCUGUCAGGUGAAUUAAAAACAUAUACCAUUUUUGUGGGAUUAAUCUCCAAGAUCUGCUGUCUGAGCUUAAAUAUAUAGUUUAAUGUAAGAAUCAAUGAGUGCUCUUUUCAAAGAUAGCUGAGUUAUCGCUCCACUUGUCAGUUCCUGUUAGUAUGGUGGUAUAGCAAAGAGGCAGAUGUUGUUUUGCCAGCAGGGAAUGAGACUAGGUAAACACAUUAUUUAAUGUUGGCAACAUGAAGCUGCUUCAAUCUUUUAUUCUUACAUGCCCUUAACAUAUAUUACUUUGAUAAACAGCAAUGGCCAACCCACCAUGUAAGUGAUGGGUCUGU